AUGGGAGGCAAAAGCUCGAAAGAUUCGAGCUCGAGGCAGUUUUCGCAUAGUGGAUCAACUGCUUCUUCUUCUUCAUGGGAUCAGUAUGGGUAUCCACAGCCAUCACGCCCUCCACAAAACACCUACUGUACCCCUCAGCGUCACUAUGCACCUUCACCAUCUUUUAACCAUGUGUCUCAGCCAUUUACAGUGCCCAACCCACGAAGGAGGUUGGAUAGAAAAUACUCAAAGAUAGCUGAUAAUUACCGUUCCUUGGAUGAGGUUACUUCUGCUCUUGCACAAGCUGGCCUUGAGUCUUCUAAUUUGAUUGUUGGUAUUGAUUUCACGAAAAGCAAUGAGUGGACAGGUUCGAGGUCAUUUAACCGGAAAAGCUUGCAUCACAUUGGAAAUGUUCAAAACCCCUAUGAACAAGCAAUAUCAAUUAUUGGGAAAACAUUAUCUGUUUUCGAUGAAGAUAAUCUAAUUCCGUGCUUUGGGUUUGGAGAUGCAUCUACACAUGAUCAAGAUGUCUUUAGCUUCUAUCAGGACGAACAAUACUGUAACGGAUUUGAGGAAGUAUUGGCACGAUAUCGAGAAAUUGUUCCCCAUCUUCGACUUGCAGGGCCUACAUCUUUUGCACCGAUUAUUGAGAUGGCCAUGACUAUUGUUGAGCAAAGCGGAGGCCAGUACCAUGUUUUGCUGAUCAUUGCUGAUGGCCAGGUGACAAGAAGUGUUGACACAAAACAUGGUCAGCUCAGCUCACAAGAACAAAAGACAAUCGAUGCAAUUGUAAAAGCAAGUGAGUACCCCUUGUCUAUAAUCCUAGUGGGGAUUGGAGAUGGCCCUUGGGACAUGAUGAGGGAAUUCGACGAUAACAUCCCUGCUCGAGCAUUCGAUAAUUUUCAGUUUGUGAAUUUUACGGAAAUCAUGUCAAAGAAGGUGGAUCUAUCCAGAAAGCAGACAGAAUUUGCUCUUUCAGCCCUGAUGGAAAUACCUUCUCAAUAUAAAGCAACUCUAGAGCUUGGCAUAUUGGGAACACGCAAUGGAAAUUAUCCAAACAGGGUUCCCCUUCCCCCACCCCAUUAUGCUGCAGUAUCUUCAGGCAGCAGCAACACAAAACUUUACAGCAAUUCAAACAGUUUUCAGCAGAGGACAGCUCCUUAUGCUGGAUAUGAUAAUGCAGGAGCCAGCACACCUUCUUAUACAGGAUAUGAUAGUCAGGUUUGCCCCAUUUGUCUUACGAAUCCGAAAGACAUGGCGUUUGGUUGUGGGCAUCAGACUUGUUGUGACUGUGGAGAAUACCUUGAAUUGUGCCCCAUUUGCCGGAGUUCGAUCCAAACUAGAAUAAGACUCUACUAG